CAUCAGUGCUAACCGGUCUCGGAAGAACAACAACCGCAAUCAUGAUGGGCAAGAUCAUCUUCUACGAGGACAGGAACUUCCAGGGUCGUUCCUAUGAGUGCAUGAACGACUGUUCCGAUAUGUCCUCCAUGCUCAGCCGCUGCCACUCCUGCAGGGUGGAGAACGGUUGCUUCAUGGUCUACGACCGUUCCAACUUCAUGGGUAACCAGUACUUCAUGAAGAGGGGCGAGUACUCUGACUACAUGCGCAUGAUGGGCAUGAGCGACUGCAUCAGAUCUUGUCGCAUGAUCCCCAUGCACAGAGGACAGUUCAGAAUGAGGAUCUACGAGAGGGAGAACUUUGGUGGUCAGAUGCACGAGAUGAUGGAUGACUGUGACUCCAUCAUGGACCGUUACCGCAUGUCUGACUGCAUGUCCUGCAAUGUUAUGGAUGGCCACUGGCUCAUGUAUGAGCAGCCCCACUUCAGAGGCAGAAUGAUGUACAUGAGGCCUGGCGAGUACAGAAGCUUCAGGGAGAUGGGAAUGAACAACAUGAGAUUCAUGAGCAUGAGGCGCAUCAUGGAUUCCUGCAUGUAA